AAGAAAAUGUGCUUCACGAGUGUACAUUUAAGCGCUGAAGUGACAGACUGAAGCUGUUGUUAAAUUAAUUAUUAAUUCGUUAGAUAAUUCACUCAAAACGAGUGAUUCACCAGCUGUUAAGAACGAUAUGAAUGAAGGAAUGUGUCAGCUGAAGAUUGGAUUCAUCGGUGCGGGAAACAUGGCGUUUGGAAUCGCGCAGGGGAUCCUCACAUCAGGGAAGGUUCCACCCACUAAUAUUAUUGUGAGCGCUCCAUCUAUGAACAACCUUCCUCGCUUUCAGGAAAGAGGCGUUUCAGUCACUCGCUCAAAUGAAGAGGUGGUAGAGAACUCUCGUGUCGUCUUCCUUGCCGUCAAACCUCACCUCAUUCCAAAAGUCCUGAAUGAAAUCUACCAGUAUGUUACUCAGGAACACAUCAUCGUUUCCAUGGCAGCCGGAGUUACUCUAGCAACACUGGAGGAGCUGUUACCUGUUGAUACGUGUCUGAUUCGUAUAAUGCCGAAUCUGCCCUGCAUACUCAUGGAGGGAGCGCUGCUCCUUGCCUGCGGCUCACGGGCAGGACAGGAUGUGGAAUCUCUACUGAAGGACCUCCUCAGCCCGUGUGGACUGGUGGAGACGGGGCCCGAGCACUGGAUCGACGCCCACACCGGCUUGAGUGGCAGCGGUGUCGCAUUUGUGUAUGUGUUUGCGGAGGCGCUGGCCGAUGGUGCCGUCAAAAUGGGGAUGCCCAGCACUUUGGCUCGACGUAUCGCAGCACAGACAAUACUGGGUGCUGGUGUGCUGCUGCGCGACACCGGGAAGCUCCCAGCAGAGCUGAAGGCCGAGGUGUGCACGCCCGGAGGAACCACAAUUCACGGGCUACACGCGCUGGAGAAGGGAGGAUUCAGAGCCGCCGCCAUGGGAGCCGUCGAGGCAGCCACUGAAAGAGCACGUGAACUCGGAAAGAAGUAGAGCACCGACCUAACAAUACCUGAUUACCGGAGGGAAGAUUAACUUAGAAGGGCUUAUACAUUAUUUUAUGCACCAAAUUGGAUUAAUUUUCUUAAUAUUUGAUAAAAGUGGUGUGUGUGUGUGUGUGUGUGUGUGUGUGUGUGUGUGUGUGUGUGUGUGUGUGUGUGUGUGUGUGUGUGUGUGUGUGUGUGUGAGAGAGAGAGAGUUUGUGUGUGAGAGAGAGAGAGUUUCUGUGUGUGUGUGUGUGAGUGUGUGUGUGUGUGAGUGUGUGAGUGUGUGAGUGAGUGAGUGAGUGAGUGUGUGUGAGUGAGUGUGUGAGUGAGUGUGUGUGUGUGUGUGUGAGAGAGAGUUUGUGU